CCAAGCACAGGCAACCGAGCAGUCACAGAGAGGACGGAGAUAGCUAGUCAGUAUUACCAGCCAUCCUUUUGUGUAGCAGAGUCAGGUUGCGACAUUUAGUUUGGAUGGCUGAAACUCCUGCAAAGACCCUGUGACCGGCUAGCGUGCUGUAGUCCACACAUUUGGGAGAAACCUUACAGCAGCCUCUCCCAGCGUCUAGCCUCGCACUCCCUCCCCUAAUCUCGCCGAGAUGUCAGCUUUCUCCGAGGCGGCUUUAGAGAAGAAACUGUCCGAGCUUAGCAACUCUCAGCAAAGUGUACAGACACUGUCGCUGUGGCUCAUCCACCACAGAAAACACUCGAAGACCAUUGUCAACGUUUGGUUCAACGAACUGAAAAAAGCUCAGGUAUCGCGCAAGCUGACCUUCCUGUAUUUGGCCAAUGACGUCAUCCAAAACAGCAAGAGAAAAGGACCAGAGUUCACCCAGGACUUUGCUCCAGUCAUCGUUGAUGCAUUCAAACAUGUGUACAGAGAUGGUGAGGAGGGCUGUAAGAAACAGCUGGGUCGGGUUUUAUCCAUCUGGCAGGAGAGAGCCGUGUAUGAGAAUAACCUGCUCGAUCAGCUCUCGCAAGUCCUGUAUGGAGAAAAGAAGACAAAGAAGAGGUCAUAUGAGGAGAUCCAGCCAGAUGAUGAAGGCUUUGCCUCCCAGAGCUCUCCAACCGAGCCCCCACAGACGGCAGAGUUAAUCCGAGCUCUGCAGGAGCUGGAGAACGCUGCUUCUGGCGACUCAGUGCUGCGUCAGCGCAUCUCCUCCCUUCCUGCUGAGGUGCAGGACACGUCACUGCUUCACAGGAUCACAGAUAAAGAAUCAGGAGAGCGACUUUCUCGGCUGGUGGAGGAGGCCUGCAUGCUGCUAGCAGACUACAGCGGCCGCUUGGCGGCAGAGAUUGACGACAGGAGGCAGCUCACGCGUACACUAACUGUCUUCCUGCAGAGCCAGAAGGAUGGCCUGGCCCAGAAUGAGCAGAAACUUGAAGAAUACAAACGCAAACUGGCGAGGGUCACCCAGGUUCGAAAGGAGCUGCGAUCACGUCUGAACAAUCUCCCAGAAGGACACUACAACUCUUCGAACUGACGCGCUACUGACGCAUCUGAUCAGACGCCUGUUUAAUAUUUGAUCUGUGACCUUGCCAUAGUCCUCUGUUCCUGACUUUGGGGUGUAUCUUUGUCUCUGUGCAGUAAUCUGUGGUUCUCAUUCUGUCUACAGCCAAUUAUUUAUCCACGUGGGUUUAUGAACAUAAACAUCUUAUUAUCAUUUAGAAGAUUUAAAAUCAUCCCGACACAGGCCUGUUGUGCUUUGGCCCCAGCUGCCUAACUUUCCAGCUUUCCAGUUGUAUGGAUGAAUCUGGUGUGAUAUUUUUUUAUUUAUACUGAUUAAGAUAAUGCAUCAGAGUACAUUGCUCUAGUGUGAUCAUUCAUUUUAAUUUGCUGUAUUCUGCUGGCAUUACGUUCCCUUUAACUGUCUUAAGUUAAGGGUUAUAGAUCCUUGUUUGUAAUAAUAGCCUCAAAUGUCUGAAACUGAGUAGGAAGCCAUGUUCCUUAAAGCAAACCCAAGUGUGUAUUUAUGAUUUACUGUUUGUGAAAGGGGAAUGUAAACCAUUGGUCAGUGUACAUAUUGUAGUUUGCAUGUAAAUAUGGAGUUGUGCCUGCUCCUUGUCAUAAGUGCUUUUGGUUUGUAAUUGUGUCAACAUGGUGAAGAAAAUGUUGCUCAUUCAAAUUAAUGAGCUAUGUCAGAUAUCCACAGUACGGAAAGGGUGAGAUAAUGGGUUUUGUUGUCUUGUUUACUGUAUCGCUCCAUAGUUUUAUCUUGGAAGUCUCCUGAAUGCUGUGCAGAUGCCUCACACAGCUUGAGAAGUGCCCCGGUUUCCAAAGCCAGACUUAAAAGGAAAAGGAAAAAAACAAGCUGUUUUUGUAAAUAUGAAGCAAAUGCUUAGAACCAAAUAAACAAAGUGCACAAAUGUU